UGUCGACAGCAUCCUCAAUGGUGGAGACAGCCAAAGAGUGCCCAAGAUGUGCAAGAAUUGCUUCUAUUCUUACAAUAGGUACACCAAACUUCAUGACAAACUCCAAGAAAACAUUAGAAAGGCCGCUGAUGUUUUGGAACUACAACUCCCACUGCCAAAGAAACGUAAGCUUGAUAGUUCACUGUCUUGGCAAACAACUAGGGCUCAGCCAUCAGGAUCUAGCACCCAGUCCCCUGAAGUUGCGAUUAAAGUGUGUUACAAAACUCCAAAAACAUUCCUGCUCACUCCUAGCCGAAAACACAUAGGAAAAGCUAUUGCUCGUAAAAGCAGAAAAAAAGUUGCUAUGGAGGCCUUAAAAGACCCAACCACCAGAAAAUACUUAUUGAAGAUGGUCGGGAUAGAAUUGGCCAAAGAAGUGAAAUGUAUGUCAUCAGAGAGUGCUAACUCUAUCUUGCAGAGCCAGAAUCCUGAUGACCUUAGACAAUUCAGCUGGGAAAUGCUACUGAACGAGCUCUCUAUGUUUGCCCCUGUGUUGAGACAACUCCUGGAUUUAGCCACUAACACCAGAGUCCGCCGUUCCAACACUGAUGCUGUCAUUGGGAUGUGUGCAGCCAUCCUUAUCAACCAUCGCAAUCCAAAGAUGAAUUUGGUCCAACGAAGCAAUGCCCUGGUUCUGUAUGCUGGUCACAGCUCAAAGCAGGUCUAUCAGCGACUACAGAGGUUAAAUGUGACUGUAUCACACUCUUCUGUGAUUCGAAUGCUAGACAAAGUUGGCGAAGGGUUUGAUGCUCAGGUUAAGGAAUGGAGAGAUCGCCUUGUAUCCACACUGGACAGUGGCAAUGAAAUUCAAAUUCAGAGAGCCCCCUGGAUCACUUGUGAGAAUGACGAUAUUGAUCGGCCCACAGCAUCCACCAGUGAUGAUUCGGACACGGACUCAGAUUCUGACUCAUCGUGGAAGAAUUACUCACCCAUCACCUCUGGGUCAGAAGACGAAGGUGAUGAUGAUCUCAGGAGCAACUCCUCUUCAAGUGAUGUGAGUAAUUUUGACAGCAGUGAUGAAGAAGAUACUCCAAGUAACCUUCCUACUUCUGGACCUCUUCACCAGGGCUCAACUUCUAACGCACCACAAACUGGAAAUAUGGCAGGCGUCACAUCCAAUAAACACACUAAGCAGCAAGAUCAUCCAACAAUGUACCAUUUGGUUGGUGAUAAUGUGGACAAAGGAAUAAAACAGCGGUAUAUGAGAGUUGGUACCAGUAAGCCGGAUGAUAUUCACUACUUCCACUCCUAUGCUGUCGGUGACCGAAUUGACUUCAUGAAUCUCAGUGACCAAGUUAUUCCGACUCUACAGCAAAAUUCUGAACAAGUUGCUGUUUCCUUAUUACCAACAUCUGACGAUGAUCUCGCUCUUCGUAACAACAUGUGUAUUCUCAUGUCCAGAAUCCUCUACGAAAACAUGGGAUUCUUCAAUCUAGCUUUUGAUGGUGUCGUAGAUUGGCACAUCAAGCAUCAAUUCUAUGACGAGAUGUCAACAAAGUCAAAAGUGCACCCUCUCGGAAUUCUACCUAAAGACGAAAACAAAACCGAGCACAUGAUUGACAUAAUGUCUGAUUUACAGCAAUAUGUUCCUAUGGUGGAGAUGGUCAAGGACUUCUAUAUUCCAACUAUAGCCAGGACUGUGCCAGUGGUGACUGCUCGAGCUUAUCUCUUACACUUUGCAGGGGACCAAAAGACUGCGGCUAGGGCGAGAGGAGCACAGAAGGCCAAAGUGAAUGAAGUGUCUCCUUCCGGCCAACUGGUUGGAUUAGUCCCUGUUGCAACUGAUUGGCACACAAAAGUGAUAUUGUUGAAUGUUAUCUGGAAGUUUUUCUACUCUUACAAUUCAUCAGGAGACCAUGGUACACUCUACCAGAUCCGCAACAAGCUGAAUCGCACAAAUGUGGUGAAGAGUCCCAAAAAAGAUGUCAAUGCCUGUGAAGACUUCAUUGAGAUAGUGACUGACAGUCUUGUUGUUGUUGCCGCUCUUGCUACCUUUCAACUAAAGUCUGCAAAUGACACCCCUGUUGAAUCCUUCCUUCCGACGGAUAUUUGGACUCUGUCUGACAGUGAGAGACGCGAGUGCUUGAUAAAGCUCUGUGAAAAGGUCUAUGACAAAUUCGUGCAUUUCAGCUACAACACGAGUGUGAGAGUGUUAACAGGUGAUGAUCAAGUGUGUGAGUACUCAGUGCAGCUGUUGCGUCUUGGAUGCUUCUACAUGGAGUUCAAAGAUGCUAUUAGGGAAGGUGAUGGUGAGCGUGUGUUGAGGUGCUGGAAGUACAUGAUACCCAUAUUUUCGGCUUCUGGGAACAGGAACUACGCUUGCGAGGCAGCAAACCUCCUUUUACAACACAAGUACACACUUUCCCCUAGAUUGUCAGCACAGCUUAUGUGGAGUCGUUUUGUGAAUACCACUGGCCGACCUGGGAAGAACAUUCCUGUAGACCUACACAUGGAGCACCUAAAUAAGAUAGCUAAAGGCGCUAUUCGAUUUCAGGGCUCCAAUCGAUCAAUAAAAGCGAUUAAACGAAUUGGCAGAGCAAUUGGGACACUUUCUCCAAUGCUUGACAACUUUGACUCUGUCAACCAUGUUACUACUACAUCCAGCAGACAAAGAAAGCCUAAUUCACAGAAGGACAUCCAUGUGGUAGUCAAUGAACUUGUAGAAAGUCAAUCAUUUGUUAUAAUACGCAAGGGAAGAAAGCAUCGUAAAUUUUCCCAUCCAAAGGAUGUUUUGAAUGGCAAAGAGAAGAAAACAAUCGUUGACUGGCUUAUGAGUAAAUUGCCUACCUCCUUUUGAUUGAACCUUGGACUUUACUCAAAACUUAUUAUUUUAUUGGCCUCAUGCUUCAAUUCAUUAUUUUGUUGAUCAACA